AUGUCAGAGCUGCGCAUUAACAGUGCACCGGAUCUAGCUCGUGACGAGUUGCUGGCGUUCCCCGCCUUCAAAACUUGGCUGUCAACCCUGCAGAAGUCGCUUGCUCGGCAGUCGAAUCCCGCACAUGAGUUUCAUGGUGAUCCGUACAUCCUGCGCCAGAUUGAUGUCCAGGCCGUGGAUCGGUUUGGUGGUGGGAGGUUGGGUUUUGUCAAGUUGAAGGCCGAUGUAUCGAACAGCCAGGGCGAGAAGUUACCAGGGAGCGUCUUCUUGCGUGGCGGGAGUGUGGGCAUGCUUCUCAUCCUGCAACCGGACGACAUUCCCUCGUCAGAGGAGAAGGGGAAACGGGCUAUUCUAACUAUCCAGCCUCGCAUACCAGCUGGAUCUCUCACAUUCGCCGAAAUCCCAGCAGGUAUGCUGGAUGAUAGCGGGACCUUUGCUGGGGGUGCAGCGAAGGAAAUUGAAGAAGAGACUGGGCUACAGGUCCAGCAAGGUGAAUUGAUUGAUAUGACCUCUCUAGCUGCGGAAUUGACCGAAGUCUCGUCGGAGAAUGGCGAAUCCCUGCAGAAAGCAAUGUAUCCAUCUGCUGGGGGCAGUGAUGAGUUUAUUCCCUUGUUCUUAUGUCAAAAGCGUAUGCCUCGAAAGAAUAUUGAGGAGUUGCAGGGCAAGCUCACUGGGCUGCGGGAUCAUGGAGAAAAGAUUACGUUGAAGGUGGUUCCUCUGGAGGAUCUAUGGAAAGAAGGGUUGCGAGAUGGGAAGACGUUAGCUGCUUGGGCUCUCUACAAAGGACUCAAAGAGGCUGGGAAAAUUUAA